AUGGCGGCACGAGCACCACAGGGCGGACGACCAGGAGGCUCAAAGUUUGCCCAGUUUAAGCUGGUGCUGUUGGGCGAGUCUGCCGUCGGAAAGUCGUCGCUUGUGCUUCGUUUUGUCAAAGACCAAUUCGAUGACUACCGUGAGUCGACUAUCGGCGCAGCCUUUCUGACCCAAACCAUCGCCCUCGACGAGUCCACUACCGUCAAGUUCGAGAUAUGGGAUACCGCCGGCCAGGAAAGAUACAAGUCGCUCGCACCCAUGUAUUAUCGGAAUGCAAACUGCGCCGUUGUCGUCUAUGAUAUCACACAGGCGUCAUCUCUGGACAAGGCCAAGGCCUGGGUAAAGGAACUUCAGCGCCAAGCAAACGAGAAUAUCAUCAUCGCCCUCGCUGGCAACAAGCUCGAUCUCGUCACCGAAUCCCCUGAUAAGCGGGCCAUCUCCACCGCCGACGCGGAGCAGUACGCGCGAGAGGCUGGACUACUUUUCUUCGAGACGUCAGCAAAAACCAGUGAGAACGUCCGGGAACUGUUUACUGCAAUCGCAAAGAAACUCCCGCUUGACCAGGCGGGGCCGCGGACCCUGCGACCUGGCCAGCAAAGACAAGGCGUAAAUCUAAGACCAGAAGCAAACCAGACACAAGGACCCGCUGGGUGCAACUGUUAG